AAAAAAAAUAAAAUAAAAUAAAAUUUACCAAUUCAAAAAUAUUUAAAAUAAAUUUUUUCCCAUAAAAUAAUUUAUAAUUUAAUUAUCUAAAUAUUAUUGUCAAGUGUCAUUACAAAUUGGACAUUCCUGAAAUUCUAUCAAGUGCACAUUUUCAAAAUAAUAAAUUCAUGGGUGAAACGUACCUUCUAAAGGUGCCAAUUAUUGAUAAGGUAUCUCUAGUUGAAGAGGAAAAUUACAUCAUAAGCAGCCCUCGGGGAGCUAUAUAUUCCGGAUUAUCGAGUCAACACGUUAAAAGACCCAUGAACGCUUUCAUGGUUUGGUCCAGAGACAGACGCAGGAAAAUAGCCUUCGAUAAUCCUAAAAUGCAUAACUCGGAGAUUAGCAAGAAGCUUGGAAUCGAAUGGAAAUUACUUUCUGAAACCGGAAAAAGGCCCUUUAUCGACGAAGCCAAGCGUUUACGGUGCCUGCACAUGAAGGAACACCCAGAUUACAAGUACAGACCUAAACGCAAACAAAGAGGCCAUUUGGUGAAAAACGCUUCCAUUCAGGCCCGCGUAAAUCUUUCCGGUGCCCAGUUGAGCAGCAACAACAAAAAUAAUAAUAAUAAUAAACAAAAUGAAAAACCUGACACAACGACUUCUUUACAUUCUCGUCAUCGUAGAUCGAACGAAAUCAAAAACGAAAAUUUGAAUUUUCCUCUGGCUAGUUCAUAUCAUCAUCACACCACGGCACAUGGAAUAAAAUUAGAAAAUUAUAAAGGCGAUCCUUCACCCAAUCUUCGCAUGUCCAGCCAUGUCAAUCCCUGUCAGUGCAUGCAACCUAAUUGGUUACCCAUAUUCUAUAAUUAUUCUAAACCCGCUAGUGAUUUUGGUUGUCUUGAUGGGUGCGACGGGAAUUACGGCAACCAUAUGUGGGAUCAUUUUUCCAGAUUUAAUAACAUCUACGCGAAAAAUUUAUCUUUCAAUAUACAUAUUUGAAGAAAUACUCCGUUUUUAUAGAUAAAUGAUUUUUUAAUUACCCGCAGUUUAACAUUAUAUUGUGAAUUUACAAAAAUGACGAACCUAUUGUUAUAAGGUGU